ACUACUGUACGGUCAAUGUGCAACUGUUUUGGCUUGGGUUGGAUAGUAUAGUUGUUUAAAUAAAAUCAGUUCUUAUUAAUUAACAAAUCGGUCAAAGUUAAGUAGGUCUUAUUUUCACUUUUUUUUUUGUUUGAGUAUAUUUUUUAUAACAAUUAAUAAAUUACUAUGCAGAGUUUAAAAGUAUUUGGAGCAUUCAAGGGAGCUCUUAAAUUGCAACGUGGUAUUGCAUCAAUUGCUUCUCUUCCUGAAACACAUCAAAUUCUUUAUAAAACAUGCAGGAGUUUUGCGGAAGAGGAAUUAAAACCAAUAGCAGGAAAAAUCGACAAGGAACACAAAUUUCCAGCGGAACAAAUAAAAAAAAUGAUAGAUCUUGGAUUUAUAGGUGUAAGUACACCUGAAUCAUUAGGUGGAAGUGGAUUAGAUUAUUUGGCCUAUGCAAUUGUAAUGGAAGAAAUAGCGAGAGGCUGUGCAAGUACAGCAGUUAUAAUGAGUGUAAUAAAUACACUUUAUUUUGGACCAAUUGAAAAAUUUGGUAACAAAGAGCAAAAGGAAAAAUAUGUUACCUCAUUUUUGAGAGAUAAAAAAAUUGGUUGUUUUGCAUUAACUGAACCGGGAAAUGGUUCAGAUGCUGGUGCUGCGUCAACUAUUGCAAAAUUAGAUGGAAAUAAUUAUAUUAUUAAUGGAACAAAAGCAUGGAUUACAAAUGCCUAUGAGGCAGAGGGUAUUAUUCUUUUUGCAACAACUGACAAAUCAAUGAAGCAUAAAGGUAUCAGUGCAUUUAUUGUUGAUAAGCCUACAAAUGGUUUGUCACUUGGCAAAAAAGAAGAUAAAUUAGGAAUACGUGGAAGCAGUACGUCUUCAUUAAUUUUUGAAGAUUGUCCCGUACCUGUUGGGAAUAUGCUCGGUGAACCCGGAAUGGGAUUUAAAAUAGCAAUGAUGACAUUGGACUCCGGAAGAAUUGGAAUUGCAGGCCAAGCAUUGGGAAUUGCUCAAGCGUCUUUGGAUUGUGCAAUGGAAUACGCAUCAAAGCGAAUGGCUUUUGGAAAGCCAAUUAUGAAACUUCAAAUAAUUCAGCAAAAAUUGGCGGAUAUGGCUCUAAAAAUUGAAAGUGCAAGACUUCUUACAUGGAGAGCGGCUCAUCUGAAAGACAAUAAACAAUCAUAUACUAAGGAAGCAGCAAUGGCUAAACUCGCUGCCUCGGAAGCUGCAACAUUUUGUUCACAUCAAUGCAUUCAAGUUCUUGGUGGAAUGGGUUACGUAAGUGAUAUGCCCGCUGAACGUUAUUAUCGUGAUGCCAGAAUUACAGAAAUUUAUGAGGGAACUUCUGAAAUACAGAAACUUGUGAUUGCCGGAAACCUAAUAAAGGAAUACAAUUUAAAUUAAAAAAUUAAUUUCAAUAAUUUUUUGAUUAAAGAAAAGAACAAAAUUUAAUCUACAAAUUAUAAUAAAACAAAAAGCAUAUUAAAGUUCUUAAAUUUUAUACUCAAAACGAAUUAAAUAAAUAAAAUUACACGAUUAGAAUUAUCCCAAAAACUAUGAAUUGGUGUUUAAAAUUGCUUUUUUUGAAAAAAUGCGAAUUUAAUAUUUAUCUACUCAAAAUGUUUCUAAAAAAAAAACGUACAAUAUUUAUGGUCUACUUUUUAUAUAAAUGUUAAAAUGAAAUAAAUUUUAUAUGUUAUUUAUUA